AGUAUGUUUGAGAACAUUGUUACCUCUUCGAAGAAGCCCAUCACUCAGUCACUCUACGAGAAGGCACAGGAGACGCAGAUGCUCACUGCCAGCUGGCUGAACGGUGGAUACAAGACUGUCCAGUUAGCACGGAGCACUCCCUACGCCUCUGGAUCUAUCAUCCCUGGAAGCAACUACUCAGCCCAGGACAACCACGAUUCUCUCAAGAUCGCUGGAUUGUAAGGAGCUAGAGAGAAGAUGGUAGAUUGUACAUAGUGCUGGGCUUUCUAACCAGCAGGAGAUUCGGCAAGCAUUAAAGCAGUCGUGCUCAACAA